AUGAGUAGCAGCACUGGCCAACGAGUUCUACGCUCCCGGGCUGCCAAGGCAGGUCAUGGAGCUUCAGGAGCAACAACAACAUCAACAUGGCCCUCCCAGGACCCAAACAUGGACUCUUCCUGUAGUUCAACCUCCUCAGUGGGCUCUACCACUCCCUGUGGCGGCGGGGGGAGCCCCUGUCUCCUGGGUAAGUUGAUGCAACUGCCGGCCCCACCGCUGUCUCGGCACCAGCUGAAGAAGUUGGAGGAACACCGGUAUAGCAGCGCAGGCCACUCUCUGCUGGAGCCCUACAUGCAGCCCUUCUGGGAGUGGCUGGUGGCCCGGGUACCCACUUGGAUGGCCCCUAACCUUAUCACCAUUGUGGGCUUGAGUGUUAACAUCUUUACCACCUUGAUACUGGUCUUCUACUGCCCCACCGCAACUGAGCAGGCACCUCUGUGGGCAUACCUGACUUGUGCACUGGGCCUCUUCAUCUACCAAUCCCUGGACGCCAUCGACGGGAAGCAGGCACGACGCACCAAUAGCAGCACUCCCCUGGGAGAGCUCUUUGACCAUGGCUGUGACUCCCUUUCAACAGUGUUCGUGGUUCUGGGUACCUGCAUCGCCGUCCAGCUUGGCACCAACCCUGACUGGAUGUUCUUCUGCUGCUUCGCGGGCAUGUUCAUGUUCUACUGUGCCCACUGGCAGACCUACGUGUCGGGCACCCUGCGCUUUGGCAUCAUUGAUGUGACUGAAGUGCAAAUCUUCAUUAUAAUUAUGUAUUUGCUGGCUGCCAUUGGAGGAACAGCUUUUUGGCAGUUCUCGAUACCUGUGGUGAACAUUCAAAUAAAGAUAGUUCCAGCCAUCCUUACAGUAGCAGGGGCCAUCUUCUCCUGCACAAAUUACUUCCGGGUCAUAUUCACGGGAGGCGUAGGGAAGAACGGCUCCACCACAGCUGGUACAAGUGUCCUGUCACCUUUCUUCCACAUUGGAACUGUGAUCACUCUGGCCAUCAUGAUAUACAAGAAAUCCUCCGUCCAGCUGUUUGAGAAGCACCCCUGUCUCUACAUCCUGGCGUUUGGUUUGGUGUCGGCCAAGAUCACCAACAAGCUGGUGGUGGCUCAUAUGACCAAGAGUGAGAUGUACUUGCAUGACUUGGCCUUCCUGGGCCCGGGGCUCCUCUUCCUCAACCAGUAUUUUAACAGCUUCAUCGAUGAGUACCUGGUCCUCUGGGUGGCGCUGGUGUGGUCCACUGUUGACCUGGUGCGCUACUGCAGCAGUGUCUGCAACCAGAUCGCCUCUCACCUGCACAUCUUCGUGUUCAAACUCAAACCCCCCGGCCAGUUCAGCAACGACCCCUGGUGACCCCUGGUGACUCCAGGGAUGGCUGUCGCUGCGACCGGUGGUGACCUCACACCUGGAGGGAGGCCCUCACCCACCUAUCCCUGUCUCAAUAGGCUGCUUAUUGGACGAGAUGAGAGGGGUCUCUCAGCAAAUGUAUUAGCCAAUGAAAAGACAGGCGCAUAAGUGGAGUGGUAAGAGGUAAUUUAACAAAAGAAAAGAGAAAAAAUUAAAAAAAGGAAAA